AUCUUGAGUUAAUCUCGAAGUGUCUACAGUUUGAAGUUAACCUACUGUUGCUGUUUUUUUAAAGAAGGACUCUACCGUUGCCUUUUCUUAGUUGAAAGUGUGAUAUUGCAAGUGAUUUUCAAAAAUCCAGUGUAUACCAUUUUAGAUUGAAGUUUAGUUUUUUAAAGGGCGGACUAUUUAAAAACCUUUCUGUUUGGUGAUAAUGACAACAUAUACCGACAAAGGACCAAAACCACAAGGAGGACAAUUUUUAGCUUUCGACCAUAUCACUUUCUACGUUGGAAAUGCCAAGCAGGCGGCUAGCUAUUAUACGACCCGUAUGGGCUUUGAACCAUUAGGGUAUCGAGGUUUGGAAACAGGACAUCGUCAAUAUGCUGAGCAUGCUGUGAGGCAAAAUAAGAUAGUCUUCGUUUUCAUCUCGGCUUAUGAGCCUAAUAACGAAGUACAUGGACGCCAUUUGAUGAAACAUGGCGAUGGAGCCAAAGACGUCGCAUUUGCUGUCGAUGAUUUGGAUAUUAUCGUCGAACGUGCCAAAGAACGUGGCGCAAAAAUAGUUAGAGAUAUUUGGGAAGAGACUGAUCAGGAUGGCACUGUACGUUUUGCAACCGUCCAAACCUAUGGCGAUACUACGCACACCCUCGUGGAACGGAAACGAUUCCGGGGCGCAUUUUUACCGGGUUUCCGACCCGUACCGAAAGACUGUUUAUUGGUAGGAUUACCUCCUGCCCAUCUUGACUUCAUUGAUCAUGUAGUCGGCAAUCAACCAGAUCUCCACAUGGAAAGUGUAGCGUCAUGGUAUGAGAAAUGCCUGAUGUUCCAUCGAUUCUGGUCUGUCGAUGACUCACAGAUUCAUACCGAAUAUUCAGCAUUGCGUUCAAUCGUAAUGACCAACUAUGAAGAAACUAUUAAGAUGCCGAUCAACGAACCGGCGAAUGGAAAGAAGAAAUCGCAAAUCCAGGAGUAUGUUGAGUACUAUGGAGGUGCUGGCGUUCAGCACAUUGCUCUGAAUACCAGCAACAUCAUUGCGGCCAUUCAGAACUUACGUGCUCGCGGGAUGGAAUUUCUGACUGUACCUGAUGUUUACUAUGAUAUGCUUAGAAAGCGUUUGGCCGAAAGUAAGAUUAAUAUUAAGGAGGACUUAAAGAUACUUCAAGACUUGAAGAUUCUCAUCGAUUACGAUGAGAAUGGAUACUUGUUGCAGAUAUUCACUAAGAACAUGCAGGACAGGCCAACUUUGUUCUUGGAAGUAAUUCAACGCCACAACCACAAUGGUUUCGGUGCUGGAAACUUCAAGGCCUUGUUUGAAGCCAUCGAAAUCGAACAAGCAAAACGUGGCAAUUUGUAAAAAUUGUACAAAAUAUUGUUUUAUUUCGUUUUACCUCAUUAGAGGUUACAUAUUUGUAAAUACAAUAAAUGAAUGAUACGACAAUAUAAUGUGUCUACGUUUCAAUGAGACAAAAUAA